GCAAAAUCAGGCACUUAAGCCUUAAAUCUUGAUGGAAUGCUAACUGGUUAGAAAAUAACUGUCAGGAUUAUUUUUAGUGGCAUUUGAUUAGCAGUUUUAUAGCUGAAAUGGAUCCAUAAGGUGUUUUUUCUUAACAAAUAAGCAUUAAACAGACUUUGUUAAAAGGAAAAGAGACAGCUGAUUCAUUGAAACAAUGGCAAUUGACAGUGAGUUUGGUGUGAAGAGCAGCAGCAUUAUCAAGGAAUGGAGCGGACAGGUCCAUCCUGCCCUGGUUGCCUCUCUUGUUUUCCUGUUUUGCCUGGAAGCCUGUCUGUGGGUCAGAAACCUUAGACUCAAGAGGAGACUGCCAGGACCCUUUGCUUGGCCAGUGGUGGGCAACGCCAUGCAGCUGGGUCAGAUGCCACACAUCACCCUGGCCAAGCUUGCCAAGAAGUACGGCAAUGUGUACCAGAUAAGGCUGGGCUGCAGCGACGUGGUGGUCCUCAACGGAGACCAGGCAAUACAUGAGGCACUGAUUCAGCACAGCACAGAGUUCGCAGGGAGACCCAACUUUGUCUCGUUCCAGAUGAUCUCUGGAGGCAGGAGCCUGACAUUCAAUAAUUACAGCAAACAGUGGAAAGCACACAGGAAAGUUGCCCAAUCGACUCUCAGAGCAUUUUCAUCUGCAAACAGUCAGACCAAAACAGCCUUUGAGCAGCAUGUGCUGGCAGAGGCCACAGAACUGGUGCAGGUAUUUCUACGUCAUAGUGCUAAUGGACAGUAUUUUUACCCAGCUUAUGAGUUUACAGUAGCUGCUGCUAACAUAAUGUGUGCUCUUUGCUUUGGAAGGAGAUAUGGACAUGAUGAUCUAGAGUUCAGAACCUUGUUGCACAGAGUGGAGAAGUUUGGAGAAACAGUUGGGGCAGGUAGCUUGGUUGAUGUCAUGCCCUGGCUGCAGUCCUUCCCUAAUCCAGUUCGAAAUAUCUAUGAAACCUUCAAAAGCGUAAACCAUGAUUUUUUUACUUAUGUAAAAGAUAAGGUGGUACAGCAUAGAGAAUCCUUCAACCCUGAGGUGACCCGGGAUAUGAGUGAUGCCAUCAUUAGGGUGAUUGAGCAUGGAGAGGAGAGCACAUUGACUAGGGAGUAUGUUGAAGCAACUAUCACCGAUCUGAUUGGAGCAGGUCAAGAUACAAUGUCAACAGUCAUGCAGUGGAUUAUCCUCCUGCUGGUCAAAUAUCCAGACUACCAAGCCAAACUGCAGCAGCUCAUUGACAAAGUGGUGGGCCAGGACCGGCUCCCGUCAAUCGAGGACAGAAGUAACCUGGCUCUCCUGGAUGCCUUCAUCUUCGAGACCAUGCGCUUCACCAGCUUCGUUCCCUUCACUAUCCCGCACUCAACCACAUCGGAUGUCACAAUCGAAAGCCUCCGCAUUCCCAAGGACACAGUGGUCUUUAUCAAUCAGUGGUCCGUCAAUCAUGACCCCCUGAAGUGGAAGGAUCCCCAUGUGUUCGACCCCAUGCGCUUUCUCGACGAGAACGGCGCCCUGGACAGAGACAGAACCAAUAGCGUGAUGAUUUUCUCAACAGGUAAGAGACGCUGCAUCGGCUCUCAGAUUGCGAAGGUGCAGGUGUUUCUGUUUGCAGCAGUCCUGCUGCAUCAGCUGACCUUUGAGAGCAACUUGUCUGUGCCUCCUACUCUGAACUGCUCCUACGGCCUCACGCUGAAACCCCUACAGUUAAAUGUGAGAGCCAAGCUUAGGGGAAAGUUGCUUGGAGUGGUUUCCCCAGCUUAAACACCAACCUCUAAGGCUGUGCUUCUGUUAAAUUCGUUACCACCAAUGACAUUUAGAAGUAAGUAUAAUUACACUUGCACAGAACAGUUUUGAUAAUUAAUGAGAAUAUUUAAUCCAUGUAUUAGCUUAUCUGUUAGUGGAAAAUUAAAUCGAUAAUUUCAAAGAUGUCAGCUGCAAAUGAAACAUAACUAUGGACUGUUAGGAUCAAUGGCAAGUAUGAAAUAUUUGCUUCUCAGAAUACUCUGCACCUGACAGGAUUUAAUUCAGAAAAAUGUGUUGUUUGUCAUCCACAAUUGAGCAUGAAUAUAUGUGUAGAAGUUGCAUUUAAAGUAUUACAGAUGUAUGUUAAAUACUUGUGAAUGUGAUUUAGACACUUGAAAGCCCAUUGUUCUCAUUUUUUGUAUGCAAAAAUGUAUUUGUAACUUUGCAACAUAAUUCAUAUGUAAGGUAUGGCAAAAAAUGUGUAAAUGUAAUCACUAUCUACUGUAUUUCAAACAUAAAACUACAACAGAAAAAAGUUAGCUUGUCUCAGAAACUCAGACGUGACAAAGGAAUCUUUCAUCAGGGAGGAUCCACGACUUUCCAAGGAGACGGAUGAGACAUCACAGGGGACCACAAGCACUAACAGACUUUCUGCUUCACUUUCACUGUACAAGCACUGCAGCUACCAUUAUGCCAAGCCUCGUUUUUCCCACAGCACAGCUAAACACAUGUGCAAGAAAUUCCUCUCACUCAUGAGGCAUUCUUAAAAAACAAUGUUUGUUUACAGUACCGUUUUUCAAAGCUACACAUAUGUCAGUGUGCUGCCUCUAAGCCUCUGUGUUCAGGAACUGACACUGUAAUGCCCAAGGGAAGUGUUUUUCUAUCAGCGGCAAGGCAAAAAAUUAACACCGGUCGGCAUAGAAUGUUAUAGCUACCAAUCUGGAGUGGCUGCUCUAAUGUUUGAGGCCCACUGAGUCUUUAUAUAAUGGAAAAAUAAGCUGUAUUUAAAAUAAAGGUGACUUAUAAAUUG